CUGUUUGCUGAACGCGGCGACAUGAGCGCGGGCGUACUACGGGACGCCGCGGGCGACUCCACGCCCGGCUCCGACGGCGGCGAGUGCAUCACGCGCCUCUUCCCCAAGUGCCGCCCGCGCAACAUGCAGCACCAGCACGACAGAUUGAACUCCGGCCUGGACGGCCGCGACAUGCUCAGUGUCAACAACGUGUCCUCAGACGACGAGAGGGACGAUCAGCCCGUCCUCCUCAGCACCAAGGGAGGCACCUACAAGCUCAGGGAUUCUAGGAUAAUAGAAAUAGCCGGAGGAAGGGAGCUGUAUUCUCAGAGCCGCACCAAAGCGGUGCGCAAAUUGCGGCAUAGCAACACGCACAAGCACAACUUGCGGAACAAAGUGCGUUCGCUGACUAAAGACUCCGUUGACUACGCCGACAACAAUAUCAAUAAUGAAAUUUCUAUACACAGAAUAAACAGCGAACCCAAAAAGAUGAUAUCCAGGCACACAUCCCCCGUUACAUAUACCAACGGGGAAAGAGAUCCUGUAUUAGAACAGAACACCAUGGGUAUACCUAAAAACAGUUCUCCCAUACUGGACCCCCAUAAGACUAAUGACGUCAGCACCAAGAGUAGUCCCAUAGCUGUCGUUGCGGACGGCGAAGUUAUGGUUUUCGACGAAAAUGACGACUGGAAAGUGAUAUUGAAUUCUGUGUCUCUAGGUUUGAGGAUGGACCCAGACGCUAGCGACGAGGAAAUUGAUAUAAGUGUUAAAAGAACUUUAGACAAUAUUAAAAAUGGUGAUAGUGAUAUAUUGAACAAUAAAAGUGAACUAAGUGACGGAAGUGAUUCUACACGUUCUAGAGAAGACGUGAGAUUGAGUGAAGGCAGUCCCACGGGAGUUUGGCUCUCUGGUGACGAAGACAAGAGUCGGUUCACGAGGGUGAUCGGUGAACUGCCUAUAGCUGAAUACGAGGGCUCACCUAGAAGAUAUGGCGUUGGCUCACAGAAAAUACAUGUCAGGUCGCCUAGACCAGGGUUUCCUCAGAGGGUAGUUCCUACAGACAGCAGAGACGUAACACCGCCGCCCAGCUCUGCGGCGUUUGACUAUUUGUACGAGUUCUCGGAGACCAGGAAGGUUCUAGAAGAAUUCUUCCGCUGCCCAACGCUACCGGGGCAGCAGCAGAAUAGUACAGAUGAGAUUGUUAACUUUCAGGAGCUAGAUUACGAGUUGCGGCGGCAGACGCAGAACUGUCCGUCUGAGAACGGCGUGGACGGCAGCGAGUCGGACUGGCCGCAGAACGAGGGCAUCGACUCGCCGCACGCGCUCAACAACCACACUGACUUCUUAGGGUUACAGCAGAAGCAGCGCGCGCGGUUCCCGACGCCGGACGUGGCGGCGCUGCAGGCGGGCGACGCCGGCAGCCCGUGCGCGUCGCCGCCGCCCGCCGACCUGACCGACGGGCUGGCGCUGUCCUCCGCCGGCAGCGACACCGCCAGCGAGCUCUCCAUGGCCAUCAUGGAGAACGAGCUGGUGGACAUGAAGGACGGUCCGGGACGACAUCCGGCCCGGCGUAGUGGUGACUCGGCCCUACACAUAGCACUGGCACUGUCCUCCGCCGCCAGCGACAUUGUCAGCGAAUUGUCUAUGGCUAUCAUGGAGAAGGAGCUAGUGGAAAUGAAGGAACCAAGUCGCCGAACUCUGCCCAUCGUGGAAGACGGCCUCUCUUCUGGACACGCGUCCGACACUGACAAUAAUAACCCGAUUAUUCAGACUCACUCAGUGACAAUAGAAGAAAUUGUAGAUAACGGAACGAUUGCAGACCCUCACAUGUUAACCGAUGCAGACUUACACUCUUUAGAUCCAUUAGCAACAGCUCCCCCGCCGCCCGCGCCAGCGCCGCACCGGCCCGCGGCGUCGUCCCCACACGCGCACACGCCGCACUCGUCGCACGCGCACACACACUCGCACUCGCCGCUGCAGUCGCACACGCCGCACCACCACCACCACGAUGACGUGUAUCCAAGGAAAAGGCCCACGUCAGCCCAGAGCACAGAGUCAGUGGAAAUCAAACCGGCGAGCGGAGAUGAAGAUGAAGCAGACACUGAUCUGGAAACGGACAGAUUGCUCGGUCAGCAGAGAACAGAUGACCAAGGGUUCUUUGAUGACAAAGGCUGGCGCAAACCGAAGUCCCGAACGGUGAUGCCCUCGGGAGGCUCGACGGGCACCGCGCGCGACCACACGCACGACUCCGCCGAACUAAGAGAAGAAGACGCGCUGCAUAAUGGAAAGGACAAAGACGGGAAAAAGAAGAGUAAAAAUAAAGAAGACAUGGCAUCAGUGUUAAUCGAGGGAGUGCUAUUCCGCGCCCGAUACCUCGGCUCCACGCAGCUGGCGUGCGAAGGGCAGCCCACCAAAGCGACCAGGAUGCUACAAGCUGAAGAAGCUGUCUCCAGGAUCAAGGCGCCAGAAGGCGAAAACCAACCAAGCACAGAAGUGGAUCUCUUCAUCUCAACUGAAAAGAUAAUGGUGUUGAACACUGAACUGAAGGAAAUCAUGAUGGAUCACGCGUUGAGGACGAUCUCGUACAUCGCGGACAUUGGAGACUUGGUGGUACUGAUGGCAAGAAGACGCUUCGUGCCACAUGAAACGGAUUCCGAUCAGCCGAAAUUGAAUCGUACGCCGAAGAUGAUAUGCCACGUUUUUGAAAGUGAAGAGGCGCAAUUCAUCGCGCAGUCGAUCGGGCAAGCGUUCCAAGUGGCUUACAUGGAGUUUUUGAAAGCGAACGGUAUCGAGGACCACAGUUUUGUUAAGGAGAUGGACUACCAGGAAGUGCUGAACAGUCAGGAGAUAUUCGGAGAUGAGCUACAGAUGUUUGCUAAGAAGGAACUUCAGAAAGAAGUGGUGGUGCCUAAGUCGAAAGGUGAAAUCCUCGGGGUGGUGGUGGUCGAGUCGGGCUGGGGCUCCAUGCUGCCCACCGUGGUCAUAGCGAACCUGGCGCCGGCUGGGGCCGCCGCGCGUUGUGGUCAACUUAAUAUUGGUGACCAAAUAAUCGCGAUAAACGGCGUGAGUCUAGUGGGACUCCCGUUGUCGACCUGCCAGACGUACAUCAAGAACUCCAAGAACCAGACGGUGGUGAAGCUGACGGUGGUACCGUGCGCGCCCGUGGUGGAGGUGAAGAUCAAAAGGCCUGACACCAAGUACCAGCUCGGCUUCAGCGUGCAGAACGGAGUGAUCUGCAGUCUCCUGCGGGGCGGCAUAGCGGAGCGCGGCGGAGUGCGCGUGGGGCACCGCAUCAUCGAGAUCAACUCGCAGAGCGUGGUGGCCGUGCCGCACGAGCGCAUCGUCAACUUACUAGCGACAUCUGUCGGAGAGGUACAUCAUACACAUGAUCAGAUCUGCAGUCAUCGCGGCAGAGUGCGCGUGGGGCACCGCAUCAUUGAUGUCAACUCGCAGAGCGUGGUGGCCGUGCCGCACGAGCGCAUCGUCAACUUACUAGCGACAUCUGUCGGAGAGGUACAACAUACACAUGAUCAGAUCUGCAGUCAUCGCGGCGGAGUGCGCGUGGGGCACCGCAUCAUCGAGAUCAACUCGCAGAGCGUGGUGGCCGUGCCGCACGAGCGCAUCGUCAACUUACUAGCGACAUCUGUCGGAGAGAUCUUGAUGAAAACGAUGCCGACGUCAAUGUUCCGGCUACUGACGGGGCAGGAGAACCCCGUGUUCAUAUAACGAGACAAGUGCCUGCUUCGCCCCCACCCGCCGCACCGCACCGCGCCGCGCAACACUGAAGUCACCAUAAAGUCACCCUUCAAAUCAUCGGGAAUGAUAUCAUACUAAUUUUAUUUAAAAUAGUUUCUACACUGAACAUUCUUAAUUUAAAAAUUAAAAAAAAAUUCAAUAGGCUGUUUUUAACAAGACAAUCAUCGAUCUCCUAUUAAAAAGUGGAUGCACAAUCAAAAAACGUCCCCACUCAAUGAGUGCCAAACACAACUUCUUGGCACUCAAUUCAAGUAGUCGCAAUUGCAAAAUAAACCUUAAACCCAAUUCUUAAGGUUGAAUUUGCUCUGAAUUUGGGGUUUUAGUGAAUAUUGGACUAUAUUUAAAGGUAUAAUUUUCUUUACCAAUAAUUCUAAAUCUGUCAAAGCAAAAUUGGCCAGUUUUUAAGUGAAAUUUUCUCCAUAGUUGUGCGUCCUUUUAUAAGAUAAGAAGUCAAAGUUUGAAUUGGAUAAAAUUACCCGAUGCCUCUUAAAUACGUUAUAAGCGAUUACAAAUAGUUGGAUAAUUGAAUCAUAUUCACUCGAAACAUGAUGUGAUAAAAAUCAUUUCACAAUAAUAUAUAAUAUAAUAUUUUAGUACAUAAUAUACUAUUUACGUAGCACGUAAAAGCCUAUCCAGUAGCUUUCUAAACUGUAGUGCUAAUCGUAUUAGCAAUUCCAUAGACAAUUCGACCAAUGUAAAACUGUCACUGUUAAAAGGAUCUUGUUAUAAUUUAAAAAAAACACAGGUCUCUUCACACUUGAACUUUUGCUGCUGCGCUUUGACAGAGCUUUGGGAGUGAGUACUUCCGCCAUGUUUUUUCUGUCGCCUAACAGCAUUGAUGUGUCAUCAUUCAGAUGACACUUUUUUUUAAAUGUUCUUAAAUAGUUCAUUAUCGUUCUACUAGACUGAAUUUGGUUUAUUAUAUUUUUUUAAGACGUGAUAACAUGAAAAUUUUAGUUUAAAAUAUGUUUUUGAAAAAACAAGUCAAAACUAAAAAAGUCAAAAAUAUUUCAACUGUUUCAUGACGUCACUGUAAUAAAUCCCAUACAAAUGGAGAGGUUGACAAAAAUAUUACAUAACAAUUAGUUCGACGUACAUCAAGUGUGUUAGUGACGUCACAAAAUUCACAACAGCGGUUUUGACGUUUGGAAAAUUUGAAAAAAAUACGUGAUGUCUAAAUUAAGUUUUAUAAGAAAUCCUAAACUCGUUUUAAUUGAAAUAGGUAUUUUCGGACCCUUAUUCCAUGUACUUAUAUGAGUCAACUACCCUAUUACCAAUAACCAGUUAAAUUACUGGCAGAUGAAGUUUUAUAUUAUGCCAAGUGUUGCUCUGUUAUUUAUGGUGAUAAGCAACUUAGUAUUGAUAAUUCAAUUUCUACAUUAUUUUUAAUCAUCUGUAAAAUAUUGAGUGUGUAUUGAUUUGAAGUUUGGGUGACUUUUUUACUAUCAUGAAAAAUAAAUUAUUUGUGAGUUUCUCCAAAAAUAGUGGUUGUAAAAAAUACUCAAAACCAACUAUGUGAUGUUGAAGUUUCAUGCUUACAAUGCUUAUGUGGCUAAAAUAAGUAAUUUAGCUAUAAGUUAAUAUAUUAGUGGCAAAGAUUUUGCAUUUGCCACAGAUUUCAUAUUAAUAAAAACUUGAGAGAGAAUAGUUAUAUUAAAGAGAGAGUUAAUAGAAUAGUCAAUUUAAGUAAGUUUUUUUGACUUGUCGGAAAUGUUAAUAGUUACCAGGAAAACUGUAAAACUUCUGUUAACCGUUUUGUGCAAAGCAUAGUUUUGGUAACAAAUCCUUUAAACUUGAUAUUUUUGAGCAACUGAAAAUUAUCAGCAACCAAAAUCUCUAAUUUAUAUAAAAUUACAGAUUUCGGUUGUUACAUUGGCCUGCAAAACUUUAUUUUUUUGAAUUCGUCAUCUUCAGAUUUUUAAUAAUCUUUGGCAAGUGCAAAAAUUGCCACGACAGUGUGUAUACAUAGUUAUUCCACUUAAUAAUUUAUUGGAUACUUACAUUUGAGAAUCAAAAUCGCUCAUAUCUGCUUAGAUAUUAUUAUUAAAUAAGUUAUUAUCGUCAUACAAAAUAUUUGUACUGUAAAUUAUUAUUGUUGCGAUAACAAUACAAAAUGCAUUAGCCGUUGCCUUUCUGCCAUAGACAAUAAGUAUUUUUCUUGUCAUAUGUGUUAGAUUAUAUUAUUCUUUUAUUAUUUUGGGUUCUAACCCAUGUUUGUCUUAGAAUAUUAAUUUUUAUUAUGUUGCCAUAUUUUUCUAUUGUUUACCUUUUUUAUAUUUUACCUACUUAUCAUUUUAAAACAUUCCACUACUGGAUAAUUUACGAUCGAGUGUAUAUGAAUUGCCUUUUUUUGUAUAUUUAGUUGUAGUUUAAGUUAGAUUUUUUGUAAUUCUUAAGUAUUUUUUAUUGUAAACACCAAUAUUGAGAAUAAGUACAGAGUAAAAAUGUAUAGCUGAAUUAGUGCAACUGAUGAGUCUUGAUCCGUAUAGCGACUCAGCAUGACAUGUAUCUUGAAUAUAUGAGAAGUAUUCUCAGUCGAGAUGAAUCUCGAUGUGAUCAUACAUCACAUCAUAUGUGAUCAAUAAAUAAAUGAAUUGAUUAGUGGAUAUAAUAAAGCAUUAUUUCGUGUAGCGUUUCAAAAGAUAUGUCAUAUUUUGUAAAUUUUAUAGUGUGGCUAUAGCAUAACUAUGUAUGUAUAUCCUAUAUGUAUGUGAUGUGGGUCGUGAUUCUUUAUGACAUAAAAAUUUCACCUCGCUUGAUAUACAAUUUGCGAAAUCAUGCUUGAAUUGUCAAACAUGAUGUCACAAGAUGUAUUUCACACGUCGUUGAAAUUUCGAUGUCAAAUAUAAUCGAGGUCCUGAUCUUAGCUAAGCUUAGCACUCUGAGGACGAGUUUUAUUUAUGUAUGUAUGAGAAUAAUUAAAAAAAUACUAUUUUGACAACCUAAUGUAAGUGAACACCUUUUUAGUAAUCCUAAUCCGCUUUUCUAUAUCAUGUCCCAUGUUUUGAUGCCUUCGACUUAUUACUAUUAUUGUAGUGUACUUCUUUAUAUGAUAUUUCAUGGUAACCUUUUUUGUUUAGUUUGCUAGACCGGUGUACUAACCUCAUUCACAUUUCCCCAGUAGGUAUUAGUAAAGUUAUGAAUUUCUUUUUUAUUUUCUAAUGAUAUAUAUUAUAAUAAAAUCUUGUUUACAACUUACUUGUAACUUAAACAAAGAGUUUUACAUAAGAAUUGAUGUACUUUGAGGGCAAAAUUUCCCCAAAAUUGGGUAAUUUCAAAACAUGGCAAUGUUAUAUUGAAUACGAUGUUUUAAUUCCAAACACAAAGACUUUUCUGAUUUAUCUUGGUAGAAUAUCAACAGAUAUAAAUAACCAACAUCUUAGAAGCUUGGUUUGCCGUCAGAACAAUAAAAGAUUUUGACUGUUAUGCCCGUCAAGGCUCAGUAAUAGUUAUUUUAUUGUUAGAAAUAAAUGAAUUUGAUGAUUUUAAUUUAUUUAGUCUUGUUCGAUUUAACAUAUUCGGUUAGACAGAUUAAAAAAUAAAUGCAUAUUUUAUAAAAUAAUUAGUCACUGGUCACGCCCCUUACAUCGUUUGUGUUAAAAUUAACAAAAAAUAUAUAUAAUAUAGAUUAUAUUACAGUCUGAUAUGUAAUUUUAUAUUGCUAGCUGUUGUGAAUAAGAUUUAUUUACAUUGAAAAAUAAAACACAGAUAAUAAAUAGCAUUUUAUUGUGAAAGCUGAUAAGUAGGUACACUAUAACAAGUGAAAUAACUAUUGUUGUUCUCAUUUCUAAGAGUAUUAUUCUAGUCUGCAUUAAAGUUAAGAAUAAACUGAACAAAUUUA